GCAGGGGGCAGUGCAGCGCUGUUCUCGCACGAGUUCUCGCGAUGACGUUCCUGGGUUGCUAGGCAACUCAGAGACGAGCGUUUUGGUUGACUGUUAAAGUAGCUAACUAUAAACAGCGUAUUUUUAGGUAAAGUGUGCUAAGCUUUACCAUUCAGACAACAAUGGCAAGCCAGAGACCCGUGAGCCGAGGAUCAUUUGGCCAGGGUUCUGGACGCCCACCUACAGCCAUCCGACCACCACAGACAGCCCUCCGCGUCAGCACUGCAAUGGUCCCGGGCUCCGCUCGUCCCGGCAGCAGAGCUGGACCUGUGGCUUCUCCUGGUGUUUUAUCAGCUCAGAUUAAAGUGGCAGAUCGACCCGUGACUCAACAGGGACUCAGUGGAAUGAAGACAGGCAUGAAGGGACCACAGAGACAAAUUCUGGAUAAAUCAUAUUACCUUGGAUUAUUACGGAGUAAAAUAAAUGAGCUGACGAUGGAGUCCAGCAAACUACAGAAGGACAUUGACACCUUCAGUCAGGAAAAUUCAGUAUAUCUAUCUUAUGAAAAAAGAGCAGAAAUCCUAGCUGGGGAAAUAAAAGAUCUUCAAGGGCAACUGGCAGAUUACAACAUGCUAGUUGACAAGCUGAACACAAACACUGAGAUGGAUGAAGUCGUGAAUGACAUCAACAUGCUGAAAGCACAGAAUGACAGAGAAGCUCAAAGUAUGGACGUGAUAUUCACAGAGAGAAGAGAGAAAGAGGAUAUGAUUAGAGCUGUAGAGGAUGAUAUAGUCCAAGAAAAACAGGCUGCCCAAAACAUCAUUCAGAAGAUGUCUGCUGAUAAACAGGCCAAAUACACUGAGAUGAAAGCUACCUAUGAAGAACUAAUGCAGGAGCUGGACUCCCUUCAAGAGGAACUAGACGCUCUGAUGAGUAGGAAGGAGACGUUUGAGGCGGAUCUGGUUCACUCCCAGGCCAAACAGGAAGCAGUCAUGCUGCACGAGAAACUAUUGGAGCUGGAGAACCGCCGAGAAGCAAUGCUAGCAGAAGACCGAGACAUGGGCUCUCCACAAGAGGAGCGUGAACGCCUGUUCAAACAGGUGAAAGAAAACAACCAGGAAAUAGCCAGCAUGGAACGACAGCUCUCCGAAGUACGUGAGAAAAUUAGCCAUCUCACUGAAGAGAUGCGACAACUAGAUGCUGACAUGGAGGAACAUCAAGGAGAACGAACACAAAAGUACAAGGAGCUGCAGAAGAGAGAAGAAGAAAUCAACUCAUAUCUGAACUCAUUUGAUGACAAUAAAGCUCAGGAGCAGCAGCUGAUCAGAGAAGCACAGAGCAGUAUCGUGGCUUUACUGGAACACUCCAGCAGGAACAUCAAUCGUCUGCAGCAGCUAUCAGCAGUCACCGCUCAAGAGCUGCGGUCCAUGCAGGAAGAUCUGAGCUUCAAAGAGACGGAGAUGCAGAAGUCUCAAAGCACAGCCAAAGGCCUUUCCUCAGAAAGUGAGCGUCUACAACAGGAUCUUCUGAAAGUGGAGCAGCUGGAAGGCAAAGUGAGCACAGAGCUGCAAACUCUGAGAGAUCAGCUCAAGCUCAUGAUGCAAGAGAUCCACACAUACAGAGAUCUGGACGCUCUCAGAGCUGCCGGAGAGGACCGGAAGAAGAGACUGCAGGAGGAACGAGUAACACUGACUCAGAGGAAGGAUACAUUUAAGAAGAUGAUACACAAAAUCAACGAGGAGUAUGAAUCUCUUAAGAACCAGUUGCAAGAGAACGAGACCCAUGUGGAGCUGACCAACAUGGAGAGGAAGUGGCAACAUCUUGAGCAGAACAACUUUGUGAUGAAAGAAUUCAUCGCCUCAAAAGGUGUAGAGAGUGAUUACCGCCCAGUGAUGAAGAAUGUCAACAAACAACUGCUCGAGUACAAUAAGAUACUGGUUGAUACUCUGCAAAGAAACUGAGGAGGGGAAGCACUUCCUGUCUGCAGCAGCUUGCAAACUCACUUCCUGUUCGAGAUGAGCCCUGAUCAGCAUUCUAAAGAUGACUUUUGAGUGAUUGUAUUCUAGAAUAUGAUCUAAGUUUUGUAAUCUUAGGUGCAUAACAGUCUUGUGUUAUCAGUGAGAUUCGGGGCAUGUCAUUAGUGUCAGUCACAGAGCUAAAUAAUUACGCUGGUGUGUAAUUAAUGUGAUUUUUAUAGCUCAUGUUGUUCCAAAGAACUUUCCUUUUGCUGGACAGUAAGGAGAAUUUCCUCAGUCCAGAACAUCUUAUCUGUUUUGGGUCUUAUAUUCUGUCACAUGGUUUUGGGUGUAGUAAGAACAUAAAAGAAAGUAAACGGAGAUACUUCAAGGAACAUUACUACACAUAUAAAAAUAAUAUUAGUCUGAGACAAAGAACACAGGCUUAAAUGGAGUGACAGUGUUCUCCUAGCAAACCCAAAUAUGAGUCUUAGACACUUCUUCACCUGUAUAGCAACAGGACAGUCUUCUCAGUUCUUCACAGACAAAGAUGCUAACACACACACACACUAACACACACACACACACACACACAGAUUGCUUAACUGUGUCUCAAGAUGCUUGUUAGAGCUAAGUAUCCUUAUCAGUAUGGUUGGUUACACAAAUACUAUGUAGUCACUGUUCACCACAGUUAAAGGUAUAGUUGACCCAAAAAUGAAAAUUGGAUGUUUAUCUGCUCACCUCAGGGCCUCCAAGAUGUAGGUGAUUUUGGCGCAUAUAAUAUAUGUAUAUGAUUCCUCUUUAUUGACCGUUUUUAUGGGCCAUGAUAUGUAAAGAUCUACAUAUGCAUCUGUGUAUAUAUACAUUGACAUGUCGCGCUGGAUGUUGAGAAUCAGUCGGACAUUGUGGUGUAUCAGAGGUAAAAAAAUAUAUAUAAAUAAUGUUGAGUUUCUAGCACAGAACGAUUAAGUUAAAAAUGUUUGUUUGUGUUCUACUAAAGGAACAAAGUUGCCUAUAUCUUGGAUGCUCUGGGGGAAAUCGGAUAAACAUCACAUAAAAUAUUUGAGUGAACUAUCCCUUUAAGUAAUUGUCUCGUGCACACAGCAGCAAAGCAUUUCGAGUGAAAACAGUGUGGAAAAGCUGGGAGGAUUUAAAAGAAUGCUAAAGGGAUUCUACAAAUGAAUGUGUGAAUAAACAAAUUAUAUGAAUGUAUCCCUGCAUGUUCUGACUGUAUUCAGAAAAGAUUUUAUGGCAUUUUUCAUCUUAUCUCCAUGUAAUAACUAAUAAAGAAGUUUACUUAAUUGCAA